CGUCCGUCCGCACCCACGCUCGCUCGCUCGCUUCCCUCCCACCCGGCUGCCCGGCAGGCCUCCCACUAUAUAUCGUGCUCGUGCCCCGGCUCAACCCCACCCCCUUCACUCCACGAGAGCUCUUCCCCUUCCUCAAAGCAGCCAUCGCUCUCCUCACUAAUCACAAGUACACCAACUGGCCAGUUAGGACUCCACGAGCUGACUGAGCUUGCUCCACAGCCUCCACUCACUCGCUCACUCACAGGCCAGAGUGUAGUGUACUAGCUAGCUCCUCUCUUGAUCUCCACGCAGCUUGACUCGCGCACAAGAUCAGAGCGCUCACCGGAGCUAGCUCUGGGCUGGGGAGAGGCGGAGCAACCAGAUAGCAGAGCCCGCGUGCGUGGCGACAUGGUGCAUGGCCGCAUGUGUUAACAUGUACAACCCGGAGCACCACCAGCACCAGCCGGCGCCCUUCAUGGCACCGCGGAUGUCCUUCUCCAGCGACUUCGCGGUGGAGCCGCCGCCCCCGGCCGCGGCCCGCGGGGGCGCGGCUCCCGGGGACACGGACUUCGAGUUCUCCGUCGGCAGCCACCCGAUGAUGGCCGCCGACCAGCUCUUCUCCAAGGGCCGCCUCCUGCCGCUCCGGGAGGCCCCGCACGGUGGCGCCGGCGGCGGCCGGCCCGUGACGCUGCGCGACGAGCUGCGCGCCGACGAGCGCCACGGCCGCGUGCCCCGCGCGCCCAACAUCCGGUGGAAGGAGCUGCUCGGGCUCAAGAAGGCGCCCAAGAAGCAGGCCGCCGCCGACGCCGGCACGUCCACCGACGCCCAAACGGAUCUUGGAGGCCAGCAGGGAGGCACGAGAGACUGAUCGAAGCAGCUAGCAUGAAUUGUGAGUGGCGAAGAAAUGGAUGAUGGUGGUUAUUGGGUGGUUAUUGAGCUAGCUGCUCAUCGUCAGCUUGUUGAUGACGAUUCGGCAGUCGGUCGAGCAAGCUAGCUCUCGAUCAUAUCUCAGUGCUUAACCGGAGAUGAAGCAAUGAAGAGCAAGAAGACGUCCGGAAGGCCACGCACGAAUGUGCAUUUCCUUGUUACUACUACUCUUUGCUGCUGCUGCUUCAUUCUCCUCUUCUUUUUAUUCUGGGUGCAUGUAAAAGGGAUUUUUGAUCAUUUGUUCCUCGGUACGUAGUCAGUAAUUGGUUCGUCCUGUAGAUGCAUCCGCGGAUGCUCGAGUUGCAUUGUAAUGGUUGUAGUGUAGCAGUCGCAGUCGUAGUCAAAUUAACUCCAGCUAGCUGUGCUGUGCCUAUCUCUGAUGUUUUGAAAGGGCCAGUUAAAUGUAGUAUUAUCCCUCCCCACGUGGUGUGUGGUC